CUUCAGCGGUGCUCAAUAAUUCGUACGAUACCCAAUCAUUUUUCAGAAGCAAGUCUUCUUCUUUCGGCAUUUCUAUUCUUCUCUCUUUUCAUUUCUGCUUCAUAUAAAGCUUUUCAAAAACAAAAUACCGCCAACAUGCAAUACCCAAGCGCUUACAUCGCCCUCUUCGCUGCUACGGCCGUCCUCUCCAUCCCCGUCCCCUUGAACAUCAACAUGGGUGCCUAUUCGCCUGCCUUGGUGGUCGGUGAUGGUGCCAUUGGAUUCAAAGGCACGGAAUCAGUCACCCAGAUCAUGAACACACUCGAAGGCGCAGCAGCCAGCGGAGCAGCCACAAACGGAGCCGCAAACGCAGCACCUGCCGCAGCCGCCGCUCCUGCAGCUACUCAAGCUGGCAUCACGCAAGCUGGCGUCACUGAGCAAGCACCUGCCACCAACACCGCGCCCGAAGUCGUUCCUCAAGGCGAACUUCCACAAGGCAUGGGCAAGAAUGUCGUUACUGCUCGUGACGAAGAGGAGUUAGAUCUCGAAGAGCUCUACACCGAAGUCGCGAAGCGGUUGACACCCGAGGAGGAAAUCGAGAUCGAUGAGGAGGUCGAGGAAGAAGAUGCGGAGAAAAAGGUGAAGAGAGAUCUGGCUGGCUUUAAUGCGGCGCUAAAUUAUGCUGCAGGUGCGCUGAAGACGAGUCCGGAGGUACAAUUGGGAACUGGGGAGGGGGGGUCUGGCGUUGGUAUUACGGUCAACCCUUCGAGCAAUACUACCAGAGUCGGAUAGAAGGUCGGGACAACGGGAGGAGAAAUUGGGUGUUGGGGUUGGUGGGACAUUUAUAUAUGAAGUCUUGUAUUGUAUAGCGACUUGUUAAUCAGAUCAUCAAUGGAUGC